AUGCAGGGGCGAGUAGGGGAUGGACCGGGAGGAGCCGGCGCGAUCUUCGUUGGAGGGACUGCUUACCGUACCGGCGCCGACCUCUCGUCGCUCUUUCCGUUACGACGGCCCUCGACCCCCUCCUUCGGGCAGACGCCGACGCAGCUGGAGAGCGGCAGUGAGGAGGAGGAUGAGGAGGAGGAUGGUGAGGGCGAGAAGGAGGAGGACACUGAGGGGAGCGAGGAUGACAGCGAGGCGGCGUGGGACCCAGAGACGCAUGGCGGUGGGGAGGGGGGAGAUGAUGAUGAAGACCACGAGAUGGAAGGUUUGGAGCCAGAGGGGUGGGAGGAAGAGGUGGGAGAGGGUGGUGGAAGGGCGGCGACAGAGGCGGGAUCACAGCAUGUGCGUGAAGGGGGAGGGAGCGUGGGGGUUAAGGUGGGGGGGAGAAAGGCCGUGACCAUUAGGGAGCCGAGGCAGAGGAAGAAGGCCAACAAGUUGAGGGAGCGGGCAUAUCCCUGCACGUUCACUGGGGAGCCCUUGGGCGAGGGUGUGAUCACUCCCGAAUUCCUAGACGAGGACGGAGGGUCCGAGAGUAGUAAGGGGAAUGGCAAGGGGAAGACGUUUCCACGUGGGGGCUACAAGGGAGUGCCGGAUGGCUACGUCUAUCAGUGGCCACAUGCCAAGACUUGGCCGCAGCUCGCCAAGGGGAAAGGGAUGGCGACUGGUGGAGGUCAUGGUUCAGGCGGGAUGGAGCGGUGGAUGACAACCAAACUGACCUCGGUGCAGCUACGGCAGGCGAUCACGAAGCUGGUGGUCACCUGCGACCUCCGCUUCCGCAUCGUCGAGGCCGAGGGUUUUCGUGAGCUACUCAUCCUGCUAAACCGCAACUGCGCGCAGAAGAACUUCAUCCCCUCGCGCUGGACGGUUUCCCGCGAUAUAGUGGUCUAUGCGGCUGCCGCUCUUCAGUCAGCCAUUGCGGAGAUGCUCGCGAAGGAGGGGGAGCUGGGGUGCAAGGUGUCGUUCACCAUCGACAUGUGGACGUCGCCCAACAACAGGGCGUAG